AGCCCUCAGGCUGGGGAUAUUAACUCUCCUUUUUCUAUUACAGCUGAGGCUUUGGGAGUUGAAAGUGCUUCUGUACCAUAUAUGAAGCUAGAGCUAAGGGGCAUUACAGUUGAAGGACUACCUCCAGGAACACAGCUGAUGAAGCCAAGCUAUUAUGGGGUGCGUAAGAUGCGACAGAUCCUUGAUGCCAAAGACCGAAUCCGUUUUCAUGUCAGGAACCCACCCAACAAGGAUGAGCUAAAUGAGCAAAAAGCAGAAAAUGUGAUUGGUUCAAAGAUUAAAUACCUGUGGACAGUGGAGACUAGCAAGGGAAUAUCAACAGAAUGGUUCUCUGGUCGCAUCACUGGUUACGACUCUAAACGGAAGAUGUACAGCGUGCUGUACGAUGGAUCUGACUCUGUCGAUUACGUUUCAGCAGACACCAUGGCAAAUACAAAUAUCUUUAGAUUUGUAGAUUGAGACUUGCCUUGUAGUUAUGCAGUGUUGAACAUUGUUUUUAUAGCACAUGAUGGAUACAAUUAAUAAGAUUUGGCACCUUAAAACGAGUGAGGGAGACUAAAAGCUUCAACAGAAGUGGCACCUUAAAGAUCCCUUAAAGAUGGAGAACAAAAGUGUUAAGGACAUAUGAGGUACAGACCUUCAUUUCUUGUGUUCCAGAUUGUAUCUGAUCAUUCUAGGAGAGGCAGAGAGAUUUUCUGGGCUCCUACAAAAAAAAUGUUUUGUUCCAGUUUUAUGGGGGAAGAGUUUCUGCUGAGGGUACAGUAAUGGGGGUUAUUGAAAGAUCCAUAGGUUCCAGUUGAAGUGUGCAUUGGUAGAAUUUUACAUGAAGUGUGUAAUAACUGCUGACAGUGAAAACCAUUUUCACUAUCAAUUGUGUUUUGAAAGCCGUAGUAAGAACUGAAAUAUCAAGUUUCUGGCGUUGUCAUCCCUUCCCGAGUUUAUUUGCACUACUUUUUUCCCUAAAAAAAAUGGUAACUUUACAGCACAUCUUACUGUCAAUCCUUGUAGGAAUUACUGUUUUUUAAUAUUUUGUGAUUUACAGUACAGAUGUUUUAGCCUAUGUUACUCUUAAGCCGCCCCACUCACACUCACGCAUACACAGUGAAGGCCUGUAUACAAGAUGAGACAAUGUUAUAUAAGAUCUGGAAAUGUAGUACCAUAGGCAAGCUGUAGGUCUGGGCUAGCUGCAGCUGCUUCACAGAUCAUCUGUAGUCUACGACAAGGUCAUGGCCAGUCAGAAAAGGGCAGAACAGUGGUUGAAGUUGUUACUUUCUAAUGAAAAUCUGAAUUUUUAGGUCGUGCAGGGAGUAACCUCCAUGUGGAAUGGGGGGGGGGGCAUUUUCAUUUGGCAUUUUGUUUGGUGUGCUUAGUAAUUUUUUCCAAAAAUGCUGCGUUUAGCAGUUUACCUUUUCUCCCUGUCCAUUAUGUUGUAAUUUUUUAUUUUUUUCUGUGAGCUACUGGUUUUAUUUGGUAAGGUUUUAAGGCAUUCAUCACAUUCCUACUACAUUUGUGUAUGCAUAGAACUGCCCCCCCCACCUUUUUUUUUUUUUUUGCUCUAUUCUCCACAGUGGAGGUGCAGAGUGGAACAGUAAUCUGUUCUACUGGCCUGCACACCCAACAUGUGCCAUAUGUCCCAGUUUGUACAGUAUAGGUAUAAACAGCCCAGUUUGCUACCUCUGUCAACAGUUAACUAGUAUGUUUAUUGCAUUAUUGCAAUUACCUUGUGGUUUUUUUUUUUUUUUUUUUUUUUUUUUUUGUGUGUGUUUUAAUCACCGUGAAGAGUGAAUGUGUGUUUGUAUGUAUGAAUGCUCAAAAAAAAUUCAAACUCAAUGCGUGUUUUGUCAAAGACAGUGAUUAUUAGUAUGAUAUUUAGAUUUUUUUUAAUCUGCUCUUUUAAGGGGGGAAAAAGGGAAACAUGGCAACAGUACUCAAUGGAAAAUGAGUUUUGCACCAGGUUACUGACAUUUUAUUAUGAAUUUAUUUUUAUAAAUCAAGUAUUAAUGAAAUGAAGGUUUUAUUUACUGUAAGGUCAUUUCUCAUUUUAUAUGCAUUUUCUGUAGUGAGUUUGAAAUAAAUGUAUAUAGAUAACUGAA